AAGAUUAGAAGAUCCUAAAAGAAGCAAGCAGAAAAGAGAUUCUGGGAAACGAAUCUCUCUCAUCUCUAGAAGUUCUUGCCUUCCUUUUUCCAGACAUCACCAUUUUGUAAUUCUAUUCAAGCAUCUCAGGCAAAUAGCAGCCCAGUUCUUGGCCAGAGCAUACAUAGACAAUGCCACUCCCAAGUAUAAUCCCAGGAGAACUGAAAACAUACAUUCAUGCCAAAACUU